AUGGAGGCUCAUAUGCACAGUCGGUGGUGUAGGUCGAGCAAAAAGUUGGCGGAUCCAUAUACGCUUACACACGGAAUAGCUACAUCUUCAUCCUCUGGGCUGCGGAGCAGUGAAGACAGGCAAUCCGGGGCCUUCCUGGCGCUUCUCGAGCCAAGGCAUCGGAAGUACAACGGCCCUGCAGAUCAGGACUCCGAUGCCCUGAGUAGCCGGCCGCUUCGAUCUCGGGCGUCGACUCGAGAUAGCCUCGACACGACGUCAUUCGAGCUGUCUUCUGUCCAGUCAUUCGCCAGCACGGCCGUGGACUCCCAAGUUCUGCGUUUGGUCGUCUUCAGCAGAACCCUUCAAUCUCUGGUCCCGGAGAUUAGACAGGCGUGCCGUUCUCUCCGUUCUGCCGGCGACCUGUUGGAGGAGCUGAAAGAGGCGACGGAUGCGCUGGCCAGAUCUGCAUCCGAGGAUUCAUACGCACGUCAGGGGAGGUCCCGAGCGAACUCGACAUUCUCAGACACAGCUGACAGUGGCUCUUAUGUCGAGUCAGCCACCCGCCCCACGGACGAUCCACAGCCGUUCGACUCGCAGCCUUCAACGCAACAAGCAACCGGAACCCAAGUUUUGUCUCAAGCCAUUAUUCAGUCAGCAGGGUGUCGGACUCUGUAG